GAUGUGGUUUGGAUUUAAAAAAUAGAAUGAAAAUCAAAAUGUCUAAUAAGCUCAACAAUCUUCAGCAAAUAGACAUAAGGCAGCUCAUUAAUAAGGUUAGUUAUUGAUAAAUAUAACGUUAGGAGGUCUUAACUUAUCAUUUGGGGAAGAGAAUUCUGAAACCUAGAAAGUGGCAGCAAGUGUGUUUAAAUAAUUGAGUGGGAAGAUCAUAACAGGAAAUUUUGGAUCAUUGAUGUAAAUUAGCAAACCAAUUGCUAUGUCUUUGGAUAUGAGUUUUUUACAUGGAGUGGCUUUGUAAAUAAAAACAAUAUAUAAAUUAGAGGACAUACAUUUAGUAAUUUAUUGGAAAGAUGUAGUCAAUUGGCACCAAUUGAAUAAAUUAAAUAUAUCUCAGCUUAUUGUGUAAGAAUUGGAAUCAUAUUAUAGAUAUCUGGAAUGCAUUGUAAUGGUGAGAUCACAAAAAUGAAAUCACCUUUAGAUCCAUUAGUGGGAGAGACAAUUUAGGUAAUUUUAAAGUAUAUUUGAGUAUAGUUGGUGAAAGAGGAUGGCACAUAGUUUUUUGCAGAAUAAACUUCUUUUGAUCCACCAAUUUGUUUUUAUUACAUAUAGGGAAAUAAUUAUAAAAUAUAUGGAGAUGACAGAUUAGAAAUAUAAGUACAUAAGACUGUGAAUUCAUUAACAGGGGUUUAGAAUGGUAGAUAAACCAUAAUAUUCAAUAAUGGUGCUGUAUAUAAAUGUACAUAGAGACCAACAAUGUAUUGAAGUUAUAAAUAUAAAUAUAAGGGAAAUAACUGGAUUGGUGAUGGGAGAUCGAAUAUUAAAUUGGCAAGGCAAGAUGAUAAUAGAAGGACCUGGUGUGAAAUCAGUUAUUACAUUUAAUUACAAUGCUGAAGGGAUGAUGUCCAAAUUAACUUCUUUCUUUAAGUCAUAGGAAUAAGCCAAAAUCUUUGACAUUGUAGAAGUAGAUAUUUUUGAAGUGAAGAUUGAUGAAAAUGGAAAUAAAACAGAGUAAUAAUGAAUAUAUAAUUAUAUAGGACUCUUAUAUAAUAAGGGAUUGGAUCAUGGUUGGAAGGAUUGACAUUUGGAGAAGAGAAAUUUUGGUAGAUAGAUGAAGAAAAGAAGUUAUGGAUAUCACCUUAGGAAGUAUUAGAAUCUGAUACUACAAGAAGAGAUGAUCUUUUAUUUAUGAGAAGUCAAAAGAUGGAGGACGCAUAAAAGUAAUAAAUUAUUUUAUCUUUUUUUAUAGAGCCAAAUUGUAAUUGGAAGAAUAGAAUUUUAAGGACAUCGAUAAUAGAAGAAAAAAAUAAUGAA